AUGGCGAGCAUUCCCGAGAACGCUGCAAAUAGCUCUGGCUCAUGGGAAAGUCCAAAUGGAUCUGUCAAUUCUCAGAUCUCGGUAGAGGCCGAUCUGAAUCAAAAAUCCAUUCCUCUCAGAUCGACUACCGACACCAAAACAUCCAGCGGCGAAGCCCAGCAAUCAUCUAGUAAUCUUGAAAUCGAUCACUCAAAGGAACAAAAUGCCGACGACGACGGUGAUGAUGAUGCGGAACGUCUCGAAGGCGAUUAUGGUAAGAUCUCCAAUCUUCCGCCAGAGACAGCCGAAAAGAAAAAGAAAAAGAAGAAAAAGAGGAAGCCCGCUAGUCAACGUGGCCUCGACAAACCUACAGGAUUCGAGAGCUUCUUCGCCGACACCCCCUUGACCCCGGAGCAAUACGCUGAAGAAAGAGAGCUCUAUGAUCCAAAAUCACAUUUCAUCGACCGUAUUCUGACUGCCAUAGCUCGUUUUGAGCGCACCCGCAAACUAAGUCCAGAGCGUCGUGACGUUCUCUUCAAAUACCUUACUUAUGGCGGUGUUGAAUGUGGCCCUAACGCGUUCCAAGGCGGACAAGAUCUCAGCAACAUGGACAAAUCUACGAUAGCAAGCAUUCUCAGCAAUGCAUCAAUCACAGAGGAGAAGCGUGACCUGGAGACUGAGACUAGCCUAUAUGCCGUGGACUUUGAAGCCUGUAUGAAAGGGUUUCUCUCCCGUCAUGCUGGGCCUUUGUAUGGUUUUGAGCAGCGUGAAGUCGUCGAUCGUGUUACUAGCACUUUGGAACGCUUCAUGGACUAUCUACUACAGCACGACGUGUGCCCGGAAUACAGUGCUGAUGUUCUCAAGACACGUAACUUCUGCCGCUAUGAUGCAAACCCAGAACUCUGGAGCAUUGCAGAGGCCUCACGGCGUCUACCAGGAGACUUCAACAGAGCUUGUUCAACCCUUUUUGGGGGGCAGUAUUCUGAAUAUGACGGAGAAACCUGGUGGGGCGAUCCCAACAACACAGAGGCACAUUUCGUCGGCCUCAAGCCGGAAGAGGCGAGCCAAAUCCUGCAAUUCGGUAUCGCCGGCGCAGCGACGGAGCAAGUCUACACCUUUUACCUCGAUGUCAUGAAAGGCUCCAAAAACCUCGAAGUCGUCUCCGUGGAAAACUAUGUUGGACUGGAAAUUACCCGGGUAGAACCACCAACAGCUGAAUGUAAGGAAAUCUACACAGCUAACUCCGCGCACUUCCGUCCUGUCGGACGUGUCUAUGCAAAAGCUUGGAAAAAUCCGGAAGCACCACCGGAGGAUCUGACAGCGGAGGAGCAUGAACAGGCACGUAGAGAAGCAGAUAAACCCACAACAGGACAAGAGGAGAAAGACGACGAGUAUCUCUUUUUCAUCGAAUCCAUCAUUCAGGAAGACUUGCGUGUGGGCAUGAAACUGGAGGCGACGGUGCGAACCCUCAACUGUGGAUUAAUGUAUUUCGAUCAUUUCUUGACCCUAUAUCCCACUUUCGACACUUAUCUCCCGAAUGAAGCCAUGAUGGGUUGGAAGAAGCCCCGGCCGGUCAAAGGUGCGUUCGACUUCGUCGAAGAAGAGGAACUCGUAACGUACAAGGGAGGUGAUGACCAUGAAAGCAAGGAGCACGCCGCAGGUGAUGUCGAUGGCAGUGUCGAUAGCAAUCAAAAUGGAGGUGGUGCCCUGCAAGAGGAUCCGGAGGACGAUGAGAGAGCUGGGCUUGAUCUCUAG